CGUCGAAUCUCCCUAUUAAUAGCUGCCGCUUCUUCUCACCAACUAAGCGAAAGCUCGUUUGGAGAGUUCACGGAUCUUCGUGAACGACAUUGAAAUAUCUGUUUGGAUUAGUAAACCCUUUUCUUGAAUCUCUCUGUAUACGUUGUUUCUUGCAGAUGAGUUCUAUGUCAGAUAAUCAAGAACCAAUCUUGGUGAAGGAGGAGAGUGUGGAAGGUAUACCAUCUCCACUCUUGAAGCUCAAAAGCUGGCAAUGGUGGGUUCUUGUGUCCAUAAACAUCUUCUUCCUUAUUGGUGGUCAAGCUGCUUCAGUCCUUCUCGGUAGAUUUUACUACGACGAAGGUGGAAACAGUAAAUGGAUGGCUACUCUUGUUCAAACCGCUGCUUUUCCCAUCCUCUAUAUCCCCCUUUUACUCCUACCUUCUUCUUCUUCGACUGAUUCAGACUCUUCAGAGCCGCCUUGUUCUCUGAAAACCAUUGUCUUGAUCUACGUUCUGCUCGGUGUUAUCAUCGCUGGUGACAACAUGUUAUACUCUGUUGGACUUCUCUACCUCUCUGCAUCGACUUAUUCGCUCAUUUGCGCUACCCAAUUAGCAUUCAACGCGGUCUUCUCUUAUUUCAUCAAUGCUCAGAAGUUCACUGCCUUGAUUCUCAACUCAGUUGUUCUCCUCUCUUUCUCUGCUGCUUUGAUUGCUCUAAACGACGAUGCAGAUGCUCCUUCAGGUGUCUCCAGUUCGAAAUACAUCGUCGGGUUUGUCUGUACACUCGCUGCAUCGGCUCUCUAUUCUCUAUUGCUCUCUCUUAUGCAAUUCUCAUUCGAGAAGAUUCUUAAGAGAGAGACGUUUUCAGUGGUUCUUGAAAUGCAAAUCUACACUUCUUUAGUGGCGACUUGUGUCUCGGUUAUUGGGCUUUUCGCUAGCGGGGAAUGGAGAACGCUGCACGGAGAAAUGAAAGGGUAUCAUCACGGCGAAGCCUCUUAUGUACUGACUCUGGUCGGUACAGCGGUUACAUGGCAAGUUUGUUCUGUAGGAGUGGUGGGUUUGAUAUUUCUGGUGUCGUCUCUCUUCUCAAACGUCAUUAGUACUCUUUCUCUAGCUGUGACUCCACUUGCGGCUUUGGUUGUAUUCAGGGAUAAGAUGAGUGGUGUUAAGAUUAUGUCGAUGCUGAUCGCUCUUUGGGGUUUCGCUUCUUAUGUUUACCAGAAUUAUCUCGAUGACUUGAAAGUGAGACGAGCGAGAAAAUUAGCUCAAGCAGGGAGGACUGAUCCGCUCUGCUGAUUCUUACUGUGAUUCAUUCAGGCAAAGAGGUGUUGAUUUUAGGUUACUAUACUUUAGAUUAAGCAACAAUAAUUGCCACUCGUUGGACAAGCUACUAACUACUAGUCUUGUCAUAUUGUUUCUCUAAUGGUAUUGUUGGGAGGAUGGAGAUUCGAUACAAAAUUUUAAUAGAACAGAUUCAGAAAUGGAAAUUUUGAUCUCGUUGUAUUUCGGUUACAAUGUUACAUAAAAUUUGAGA